AUGACCCAUCAUUUCAGAAAUGGAAGGCACGGCCAUGGAGAAAUUCAAGAAACGCUAAACAACAAAGCGCAAGGAGUGUUUCGUUAUGUUGAAUGUCAAUUGACGGCGUUGAAGCGGGCGAAGAACGGCAAUCAGCUUGAUAAAUGUCAAUUUUCGCUACCUAGUGACCUCGAUGAAACGUAUGAGAGGAUCCUGUAUAACAUCCACAGCGAUCAUGCUGAGGAUGUCCGCCGGAUACUGACGAUUCUUUGUCUGGCCAAGCGCCCAUUGACUCUAGAAGAAUUGAUCGAUGCGCAUGCCGUCGACCUUGAAGACCACCACGCCUCGAUCGCGAAGGUCGAUCAUACGACUCUUAUGAAAACCGGCCAUGACGUUGGAACUGAGCAGCAUACGGCGUCUAGCAUGUUGAUAUUGAUGUUUGCUGUGGGCUAA